AUGGCGAUGCGACGCGUCGCGUACGGCGCCGCCGCGAUGACACGGCGAAUCCUGGCGUCACCAUCGACCGGCAUCGCGUCACCAUCGACCGGCGGCGGCGCGCGCUCGAUGGACCGGUGCUUUUGCGCGUCCGCGAUGAUCGCCGGAGGGGACGACGCGCGCGCGACGUCGUCGUCGCGAUCGUCGCGCUCGUUCGCGUCCUCCGCGGCGGCGACCGCGCGCGGCGGCCCGGCGGACGGCGCGGGCCGAUCCUCCUUCUCAUCCGCGCCGACGGAGACGACGCCGAGCGAUGAUCGCGUUAGGCCGCGAAUCGACGAGCGAUCGUACCAGACGCGAUCGACGGCGUCGCUCGGCGCGUCCAUCUCCGGCCGCGCGCCGCCGCCGCCGCCGCAUCAGCCGCCUCGCGGCGCGCGCGGGAUGGCCACGGAGAGGAAGCCGCCGCCCGACGCGAUCCCCGACGGCACGCCGCACGACGAGGACCCGGACCCCGAUCCGAAUUACCCGAACGAUCCCCUAAACCCGGGCGACCCGCUCACGGGCGGGAUCGACCCGGACGACCUGCCCCCGGACGAGCUCGCGCCGUCGUUCGUCCCGAGCUGGCUCAGAGGGAAGAGCUCGAAGAAGCUGAACCGCGCGCAGAAGGGCAACUACGAGGGCAUCUUGCGAGACAUCGAAGCGGCGCCGGACACCGUACCAAAAUCCGGGGCGCUGUACAACAUGCGCGAGUUCGCGAAGAUCACGGACACGAGCACGGAGGAGGACAUCAGGGAGUGGUGCCGCGUGUACUGGGAGCAUCAGAAGGAGCUCUGGCUCGCGAAUCAGCCCGGCGCGGACCCGAACGUGAGCAUCGAGGAGUUCAUCGAGAUUUACGAAAACGACAUGGCGCGUUCUCCUUCACACUGGUCCCCGUACGACCGCGUCGGCGUGGUGAACGCCGAUCCUUAA